AUCGUAUUUUAGCUUGUGCGCCAUUUUCAUAAAGAAAAGCUUAAACGUUAUAGUUUCAGAAUCAACAAAAUUGAACAGUGCUUCUAAAUUAAUGUAAAUAACUGACAGUUUCACUGACAGCUGCUGAGUGCUGAGCUGAGCUUCAGCUUUUGGGUUUCAUUCGUUUGUAAUGUAAUUUGUCCGUAUCAACUAUCAACUAAAAACGAUUAUGAUGUUCGUCCAUGGUGUAUUUUCCGCUAAAACUAAUCUAAUCUAAUCUUAGUGUAAAAUUACUCGCAAUAGCGCCUCUUUACGAUGAAUACUUUUAUAGGAGUGAUGAUUUAGGUGUGGUGACCGAAAUGUCUAAUUCAAAGUGUAGCGAGGAGGAUGAGGCGUUUCCUUUGCACGAGUGCGUGUUCAGAGGGGAUGUACGCAAGCUGUCAUCUUUGCUGCGGCUGGAGGACGUGGCACGCAAGGACAAGCAUGGCAACUCGGCGCUACACCUGGCGGUAAUGCUGGGGCGGCGCGAGUGUGUGCAGCUGCUGCUGGCGCACGGCGCACCCGUCAAGCUCAAAAACCUCGCGGGCUGGUCGCCGCUCGCCGAAGCCAUCAGUUAUGGGGACCGCCAGACCAUAUCCUCUCUCGUACGCAAGCUCAAGCAGCAGGCUCGCGAACAAAUGGAACGGAGAAGACCUGACCUCAUUAGGGCUCUAACCCAAAUACAAGAUUUCUACAUGGAAUUAAAGUGGGAUUUUCACUCAUGGGUCCCACUUGUCUCUAGAAUUCUACCAUCUGAUGUUUGUAAAAUUUAUAAAUCUGGUUCAGGAAUUAGAUUAGAUACCACAUUAGUCGAUUUCACAGAUAUGAAAUGGGAGAGAGGAGACAUAUCUUUUAUAUUUCAGGGAGAAAAGCAACCUAGUGAAUCACUUACUGUACUGGACAACAAAGCCAAGGUGUACCAGAGAGUGCGAUAUGAAGAGACAGAGAAUGAAAUAGAGGAUGAAGUAGACAUACUGAUGUCAAGUGAUAUUUUGGCAGCUCAAAUGUCUACUAAAGGUAUAGCGUUUUUGAGAGCACAGUCAGGCUGGAUAUUUCGUGAAGACCGCAAGGAGACUGUGGCGGGACUUUACCGAAGUGACAUUUAUACUAUUUCCGGCCUUGUCCUGGAAUCACGUAAAAGACGCGAACACUUAUCCACAGAUGAUUUGCAAAAGAAUAAAGCUAUAAUUGAGAGUCUAACAAAAGGUAAUACACAGAAUUUAGAUACUAAUGGAGAACCAACAAGGCGAGCAUCAUUAAACCCACCGCCAGAGAGUGGAGUGGACUGGGAAAUGUACAUGGCUGCACCUCCAGGCCAGUACCCCAGUCUGGGCAGAGAACUAGUUUAUAAAGAGUCCUCCAGAAACUUUAGAGCUACCAUUGCUAUGAGUGAUGACUUUCCUCUAAGUGUUGAUAUGUUACUGAAUGUAUUAGAAGUUAUUGCACCAUUUAAACAUUUUGCUAAGUUGCGUCAGUUUGUUGCAAUGAAGUUGCCCAAUGGAUUCCCGGUUAAAAUCGAUAUACCAAUUUUACCUACAGUCACUGCAAAAAUAACUUUUCAAAAAUUUGAAUUUCAAAAUGAUAUACCAAACGAUAUGUUCAUUAUACCAGAUGAUUACAUAGAGGACCCCAUGAGAUUUCCUGAUUUAUGACGCUUUGAUAUUUUAACAUUGUUUGAAGUUAGCGAAAAGCCUGUUUGGCGGAGAGAGGGGAAACCUGGGCAUGUCUUGAGAAUGGUAAGAAGCUCAUGCUGCAAGGCUUCUGCACAAGGGCUCAUCACUAUAGAAUUCCCAAUGUUGUUCAGCCUAGGUAGUUCAUAUUCUAGCCACUGUGUUCUCUUUGUGGAGUAACUAUUUUUACUUGAACUCUUCGAGUCCAAGGUGAACCUUAAAAUAUUUACUGUCCUUAUACAAAAUGUUGCAGGACACCUACAUUCAUAUGUAGUUCCACCUUGUGUGCGUUACUUACAUCAUAUUCUUUUUAUUUUAUUUGGUAUACAUACAGUGAAGUCAAUAAAAAUAUUACUUAUUGGUACAUGAUUUGCUCAUUAAAAAUCUAAUCAUAUGGCAGUAUACAAUCAAUUGGCCACCUCGCCUUAAACUGCAGUCACUGAAGAGUGUGCAUAUGAAUGAAGUAUAAUUUACCUUGAUGUUUCAUAUUCAUUACAAUUGGUAUGAUUUGUGAUGAAUUUGAUAGUCUGCCUGCUCAGCCAGCUGGGACUUGGUCCUAAGUUGGAACCCUGAUUAUCUCACAUAAAACUACUUAAGAACCAUAAUUUAACUACUUCUACUGUACUUUUGUAUUGUGUACAACUUCACUAGGAAUGUGUUAUUUGAAUGUAGUUUUUGUUUAAAAAGUAGAGGUAAUUGAAAAACAUUGUGGAUGUAAUGGAAUUAUUAGGGGAAUGAAGUAACAGAUAGAUAAUAAAAAAACAGCCUUAUUCCAAAACCUCAUUGUUAGUCUUAAUUAGACUGAACUUUAUGUUUAAGGGGAUUAUACAUAUACAUACAUACCUAUCUACCAACUAAUUAUUGUAUUUGUAGAAUUAAAUUUAGAAAUUAUAGAUGAUAACAAUUAGUGUAAACAUACACACAAAUAAAUAAUUGGUCACUACAGGUAGACUCACUGGUACUUUUGGAUUUUUAUUGUUAUUGUUUUUUUUUUAUAAUUAUUUGAAAAAAAAAAUUGGGUUUCUUAUAAAUUUUCUAUACAUUUGUACCUUUAUAGAGCUUAUAAGUAAUACAUAUUGUAACUUACUUUUUAUGAAAAAGAUAAACACCUGUAACUUACUGAUUAUUUUCGUUUUGUAGGUACCUACUGCUGAAUACUUAAUAUUUGUUAUUGCUUGCCAAGUGUUAGUAAAUUAAGAUGUAGGCAAUGAAUGAGUUAUAAAAUGUAAAUGUGGUUCCUUUGUUAUUUAUUACCUCAAAUAGUCAUGGUCUAUGCCGUUAACAUGGUCUAUGCAUAAUUUGUCCCAUUUAUAUUGACUACCCUUUACUUCAUACGGCAUCGUCAAAACCACGUUUGUUAAUUAUAUGUAUAACAAGCUUUUGAAAGUGAGCUGCGUAGUGUGUACACCUAUUUCAAAUCAGCAGCUCUAACAAGUAUACAACCACUCUCAUCUAUAUAUAUUAUAGUGAUGCAAAUUUGCUUUGUCCUAUGCAGUUUAUCAUGUAAUAGUGUGUAAUCUAUACCUAAAUGUUAUUUAUAUUAUAUUUAUAGAAUGUC